GUUGGUUGCUUCGUAUUAGCCUACUCGUUUCGACCUACACCUUGACCUUAACAUUAACAACUUUGAACCUUUUAUAGCCUCAAUCUUUUUCGACGACGAUUACUGGUCAAUAUUUUUUUUUAUUUAAUCUGACCAUAUCCCUUCUCUCGUCUGUUUCCAUCGUGAAACUAAAGAGUGACUGGAAAUAACAAUAAAUCAAUUGAUAUCUUUACACACUAAGUCUAUUGCACUCUAACCGAAUAUGGAUCGAGAUGCCAUCCUCGCCGCUUCUAAGAAGCACGAUAUAGUCCCCGGAAGGCUAUACAAAUAUGGUACAGCGGGUUUCCGUAUGAAUGCCGAUCUCCUAGACGGCGUCACCUUCCGAGUCGGUCUACUAUCAGCUCUUCGAAGCCGUAAAUUGAACGGUCAGACGAUCGGCGUAAUGAUCACCGCUAGCCACAAUCCUGCGGUGGAUAACGGUGUCAAGAUUGUUGAUCCUAUGGGUGAUAUGCUUGAGCAAGAGUGGGAAGUACAUGCUACGAAUCUCGUAAACGCUCCGAGCCACGAUGAACUCGUCGAUUACUUUUACAAGCUCGCCGAUUCCCUAAAGAUCGACUUGACCUCCCCCGGCAAGGUCAUCGCCGGCCGAGACACUCGUCCCUCGGGUAAAACCCUCAUCACAGCCCUCAGCGAUUCGUUAGCUUCUACAAAUACGACGUUUAUCGAUUAUAAGAUCCUUACAACCCCUCAACUUCACUACCUGACUCGUUGUAUCAAUACUGCUGGUACACCUGGUGCAUAUGGCGAAGUUAGUGAGGCGGGAUACUACAAGAAGCUUGUCGAGGCUUUCUAUCGUGCUCUACGAGGACGUAAGAUCACUGGGAAGUUAUCCGUUGAUUGUGCCAAUGGUGUUGGUGGACCAAAGCUUAGCGAAUUGCUCAAAGUCCACGACCCUGCAAAGACGGGAUUGGAGGUAAGGGUUUGCAACGAUGACGUAUUGCGCCCAGAAGUUUUGAACUUGGACUGUGGUGCCGAUUUCGUCAAGACUAGGCAACGAGCACCCGCCAACCCAAAGCCCGCUCCUGGUGAGAGGUGGUGCUCUUUGGAUGGUGAUGCUGACCGCCUUAUUUACUACUGGAUCGACCCUGAGACUAGUUUCUUCAUGCUUGAUGGCGAUCGUAUUGCCACGCUAGCUGCAUCAUUCAUCGCAGAUCUUAUCCGCACUGCCGGCUUAGAAGGUCAACUCCGUAUUGGCCUUAUCCAGACAGCCUAUGCCAAUGGAUCCAGCACAAAGUACGUCGAGCAACACUUGCAAAUCCCUGUAGUCUGCACGCCUACCGGUGUCAAGCAUCUCCACCACGCUGCCUGCUCUUACGAUAUCGGUGUAUACUUCGAGGCCAACGGUCACGGUACUGUACUCUUCUCUCAAGAUGCUCUCCAGACGUUUAAGACGAAGGAGCCCCAGUCGCCAGCACAGAAGGAUGCUCUCGAAACCCUAAGCGCUUUGGGAGAUCUCAUCAAUCAGACCGUCGGAGAUGCCAUAUCAGAUAUGCUUCUGGUCGAAGUAAUCCUAGCCCACAAGGGGUGGUCGCUACGAGACUGGGCCAUGACAUAUCAAGACCUUCCCAACCGCCUCGUGCGCGUGGAAGUCGGCAAUAAGGACCUAUUCAGGACUACAGAUGCUGAGAGGAAAUUAAGUCACCCCGAAAACUGUCAAGAAGAAAUCGACAAGGUCGUCAAGAAGUACACGAACGCCCGUUCCUUCGCCAGAGCAAGCGGUACGGAAAACGCAUGCAGAGUAUACGCGGAGGCCGCGACGAGAUCUGAGGCGGACGAGCUUGCCAACAAGGUCGCCGCUAUCGUGAAGGCAUACGGGGGUUAGUCGGUCUCGUAUCGGUAUAUCGAAAGUGGAUAUAUGAUGAUGAUUUAAAGUAAGUGGAGGGAAGAGGGGGGUGGGAAUAGGUGGUGUGGACGGCUCGCGGGGUCUCAAAAAAUAGGGGUGAAAAGUUAGGUGGUUUUUUGACCAGGAAAGCGAGUCUUUACGUGUUAUGAACAUAGUAAAUGAAAGUAUGAAUGUCCAAUUUUGGAUCUUGAGAUGGAUUACUGUGAGUUCGAAAUCGAAAUUCUCAUCAUAACCUGAGCAAAGAAAAGUGAGAUGAUAUAGUAGCAUUCAGCAUAGACAUACGGCCUAUAGCGUUGUAGAGGAUAAAUUUGAAAGCUGCAAUAAAUGAAUUCAAUU